AUAAUAAUAGGUUUAGGGUUUAGGUUAUUUUAAGGGUUGCCCCGGCCGGGGCUGUUUUCACCCACAACAAGUCAGUGGAUCGUGGCGGUGCGAGAAUUGACGUGGGGCAUUACAAGAAUACAUUACUACCCUAAGAAAACACUAAAAAAAACCUAUAUCCUUAGCCUGCUACGGAGAAAAGAAUGGAUCCCAAAUCCAUGGCGAUGAUGCGAUGUACAAACAAAUCUAUCAAAUCGUAUUUAACUGACCCAAGAUUUGGACCUCAAUACCCUUCAUGGGUCAGACCCAAUUUGAUUAACCUUUCGAGCUCUGACAGAUCUCUCGUCUUCUGCCAGCCUUUGGUCUCUUCAUCUGAUUCUGUGUCAUUAGAAUACAGAGCAGAGUUCAUCAACGAGCAAUGUUAUAUUUUUGGCUCAUGCUCCGGCCUUCUCCUACUAUACAUUGGUCAUCUCUUCGUCGCAAAUCCCUUGACAAAGAAGUUUCGAAUCCUGAAUCACUCUGGUUCAAAGCUCCUGCCUCACAUAGUUGGUGGUGUCAAAAAAGAUGAUCCUUAUGACCCCAAUGGUCCCCUUGUUCGUACAGAGAGAGCGAUGUGCGUUGGUUUCGUGGUAGAUCCAUAUCGAACCACCAAGAGAUUCAAGAUCGUCUGCAUACUUGAGAUGGAAACGAAGUACAGAUUCGAAAUCAGCGACGGAGAUUCUUGGAGGUUAUCGAAAACGACCCUAACGACUAGCUCCAAAAGUGGUCUCAAGACGCGGAUGAAACCUGUUUACGUAGAUGGCAAUCUUCACUGGUUGAGAAACGACUGGAGCCUAAUAGCAUUCAAUCCCGAGACAGAGCAAGCACGACUGAUUCCUUGUAGCUUCCAUCCAACACCGGACACGAAGGUGCUUUUCGCAGCAAAAGAUAAGAUCAACCCCCUGACCUUGAUAUCAGGGACGAUAAAAGAAAUCUCAAUCUACACACUGCUCGGGAAUCACAAGUGGGCACUCGAAAGGCAGUUCAAGAAUGUAUCAAUGGAGAAAACAUGGCUUAAAUGUUGGUACGUAGUUGCAUAUGACGGCAAGUGUCUAGUGGUGUUGGAGAAUAAUAUGGUGCUUCAUGUGUACGACUUGGAAGCUGACAGUUGGGGAGUUUUGGGGACAACCGAAUGUUGGUCCGAAGACUUCUAUAAGUUUACGCCCUCCUGUUUCUCUAUUGAGGAGGAUGAGCAGACAAAGGUGAAUGUAGCUUGUGAUGACCAACAAAUCUCCUAUCUAACUACAAUUAUGGAAGUCAUUGAUACAACAAGGUUGAGUUCUAUCAUGGUUUUCACCAAGACAUGUACACUUCAACCAUCAUCCACCGAAGCUGGAGUACUAGCAAGAAUUAUACUGCUUAGAGGUCAAAAGACGUCACCUAAGAUAAGAAUGUUUAUGUGGAAGGCGACCCGCAAUGCUUUACCUCUUGGAAAAGCUUUGGCCAUCAGAGAAGUCAUAACAGAUGCAGCCUGUAAGAGAUGCGGCGAAGUUGAAGACACGAUGCAUGUUUUUGUGCAUUGUCCCUAUGCAAAAAAGGUCUGGGAGUUAGCCCCAGCACAUUGCAAACCGCAAACUGACAACUUGGAGUCGAUGCAGGACUGGCUUGUUAGAGCCAAAAAGAUGAUGGUUCUGCCCCCGAUAGGGAUAGGUGCCAUCCCGCUGUUCCCUUGGUUACUUUGGUUCCUCUGGAAAGCUCGUAACCUUGUGGUGUUUGAAGACAAGACCGUCUCAGAGGAAGAAACUAUCCAAAAAGCGAUCACAGAGGCUAAAAGUUGGCAGUUGGCGAAACUGAACCAGAAAGCCAAGGCACCUCUCAAACAGCCGAAGGAGAAGACUCCAGUACAUAGAGAGGCCUUCUGCUGCUUCUCUGAUGCUUCCUGGAAGGCAGAUUUUAAGGCUUGUGGAAUGGGCUGGAUUAUAAAGAAUCCACAACAGAUCGUGAUCCAUCAAGGAAUCUCUUCUCGACCCUCUGUUUCCUCUGUUUUAAUUGCAGAGGCACUUGCCUUGAAAGCGGCGAUCAAUGCGGCUUUGGCGUUGGGUGUUUCCAGAUUGGCCUGCUUCUCGGAUUGUCAAGAGAUUACCACUCUCCUCAACUCCGAAGGUCAAGCUAUCGAAAUCGACGGGAUUCUCGAAGACAUUAGAGUUCUGUCGUCUAAUUUUACUUCUAUUUCCUUUCAUCAUGUACCGCGUUCUGCGAAUUUGGAGGCCGACGCCUUAGCUAAGUCGGCUUUAUCUGCUUGUAUUUCCUCCUCCGUCGCUGGAGUUUGAGAACCGUUUAAUUUAAGAAUGUUUAC